ACUUCAUUCGCUAGGAACAUAGUCUAUGCAACGCACAUAUUCUCAGAUUACGUUCAUUUUAUACCCGAAUAAAUUAAAUUAUUAGUACAGAAAUAUAAAUAGUAUUUAUUGAAUAGUAUCAGCAGCAACAAUAUUUAAAAAAUAAAAUGGCGAACUGCAUUCUCGCUCUUUUUGUGUUUUGUGCUGUAUUUCAAUGCAGUCUACAAUUAGUGCCUUUACCGGACUACAUCCAUCCCUGUGCAGAAUUGUCAGACGAAUGUUUCACCAAAGCGACCCUGGACGCCAUUCCCGGUGUGGUGAAGGGCAUCCCGGAGGCAGACAUACCACCUUUAGAUCCUUUAUAUAUGGACAGGAACAUUAGUAUAGAACUACCUGGGAAUCUGAAGAUGACCUUCCAUAAUGCUAAAUUGUCUGGCCUCGGGUCAUGUGUACCAAAUAAAGUUUCAUCGCGCCGAGAGAACCGUACCUUCAUCUUUGACAUGCACUGUAACUUCACCAUCAAAGGGCUCUACAGCCUGAAGGGGCAUCUGCUUCUCUUCAACUUGGACACAGAGGGCGCUGCUAAGAUCAAAAUUUGGAACCAGCACAUUCGCCUAGAAGUCGUAGAGAAGGUGGUUAUCAACAAGAAGGGUGAGGGACACUACAAGAUCAACUCUUACAAGUACAAGGCUGAUUACGGGACCGACCUGAAGAUGAACUUGACGAAUCUCAUCAGAGGCAACCCUGAAAUUAGUGCGCACAUUCUCCGGGUUUUGAACGCGGAUUCCCAACUGUUCGCGAACGAAUUCGGCGGCCCGAUCCUGGAUUAUGCCAUAGACUACGCUAUGAACGUUACACAGAGGUUCUUCAACACCUUCACGUACGACCAGAUAAGCCAUGUACCCUUAACAGACGAAUUCUUUGUCAAAGAGUAGCCUUAAUUUAAGAGUCGCCUGUAAAAUCGAGAAAACCUCCGUUUCAGUUGUAUUUUUUUUUAUUUUACAUGAUUUUCAUCAAAAUCUAAUAAAGCUAAGUAUAUUUUGAUGAAAAUCAAGUAAAAUGAAAACGCGUAUUACAGGCGGGUCUUGAUUAAUUUAUAAGUUUGGUUAAGUAGGAUAAAGGAUUAAAUAUUA